AUGGCUCAACCCGCCGACGCCGACCAGGUCACUCAGCUCAAUGCUGCCCGUAAUCUCGUCCUCGGAGACGCUGCCUUCUAUCCUCAGAUCGUAAACGGCAUCCUCCCCAUCGUUGGAGCUAAAACCCGACUGGAGCUACGAAGAUGGGGUGCAGACUUCUUAGCCGAAACAUUUGCUAGUCCGGUACUUGCUGUAGCUCAGAAGGAGCAGCUUGCCCCCAAUGUCCUACAGACAAUCCGAGAAAUCCUAGAGCUCCCGGAGAAAGACACUGCGGUGCUGCAGAGCUUAGUGCAAACCUCCGCUAGCUUGUAUCCGCUUGUAUUCAGACAUAUUGUGAACCAUCCUAAUGACAGCGAAACAUGGGAGACUAUGAAUGCUAUCAAACAGGUCAUCUUCCGCCAAAUGGACUCCUUCCCAUGUCCCGUCAGAAUCUGCUGCGCAAAGUUCCUACAGCGCGUAGUUCAAGUCCAGACCCCAGGAUUGAUCUCAGACCCUAGGCGACCGGAACAAAAUGAGACUUCCCUGGCUAUUGUGCCUCGUAACCAUGCCCUUCUAUCAAUCCCAAAUCUGGAAGCCGAGUCAUCGGGUCUACUUGACCGACUGCUUGGUGUUUUCCAAGAAGAGAUCAGCGAUGCUCUCCUUGUGAAUGCUACGUUGAAUUGCCUCGCACCUCUCAUCCGAACUCGUCAGUCUAUCGCCAAUAAGAUUGUGAACGCCGUUCUGGAAUUUUACCCUUCCACACACGUUCGCCCUCCUUUUACCCCAACUGUUCGCGUCAGCGUUAAGUCCAUGGAGAGGACUGCACGAGCUUUGCUUAUCAAUAUCUUGAAAAGAAACCCUAAUCACCCCAUGGCUGGUAAAAUGCAAAUGUACAUCGAGCGCCUCAUGCAAUCACGUCUUGAGGCUCCUGAUGAUGCUUCUCGAAAGCGCGGGCUCCCCAAUGAGCCUACUGAUGGACUCGAUAAUGCAAAGCGGGCACGACUUAAUGCUUUGACUCCCCCCAUGCUCAAAAUUCCACCGAUGGCACCAGGGCCCGCAAGCUUUGAUAAACUUUUCACCUUAACUGAAGACAUCGGAUUGUCCUCUUUCGACGUGAAGCAGCUUCCAUUCGAUUUAGUUCUUAAAAUCGUCGUGCCCCUCUUGACCCAAGUCCACGACACGACACUCACGCAGGCUACUGAGGCCAUUCGUACGCGGUUGCAGACAAUUACCAAGGAGCAAAACAUACAGCGACAGCAACAGCAGCAAGCAGCAGCGACAGCAGAUGAUGACGAUGAUUAUGAACCCGAAUAUCAACCCAUGGAUGCGGCGUCAACCGUCUCCGAGGAAGCUAGUGCUGUCGCAGCAGAGGUCGCAGAUUUCCAGCCAGACCUCGUAUCCUUGGGUCCAUUCGUUCUACCUCAGCCACCCCCCUUGACCGAAGAAGAGGCUGGAGAAAUCGGCCGCAGUGCCGUUGCACGUGUAUUUGGCAUGUUGAAUGCCGCCGAGACAUCCCCUGCAUCCACCAAGAACCAGAGCCAGCAGACGCUCGGUUUCUCCCGGUUAGCAGGAAGCACCUUUGACAGGGACGCAUGGUCUGUUCUCCUUUCUCGUCUGGCCACUCGCGCUCCUGCUGGCCUAGAGGAAGAUAACCAGAACAAAACAGACUCUACUGGACGCAAGCAAACCACCAUUGCUGAUUCUAUCCGCGAGACGCUGUAUCGUUACAUCCUGGAGGAUUUCCGGGGACGACUCAACAUUGCUAUUAUUUGGCUUAACGAAGAGUGGUAUAAUGACCGGAUCAAAAUGAGAAGUGUUGCCAGCCAGCGUGAUGCAUCCGAGGAAGAUGCCCAGCCGACUGUUCCUUUGCACUAUGAUACUUGGGUUGUUCGCCUUCUCGAUGGUUUCCUGGCUUAUCUUGAUUCUCGGGAUAUCAAGGUUCUGGUCCGCUUCCUCAGUGAAGUCCCCGAGAUCACCAUUCCUAUCACCCAGCGGGUAGCCAGUUUGGCCAAGGAUCCCGAGCGUGUCAAUCUUUGCGUUCAAGCUUUGAUGUACUUGGUCAUGUUCCGACCCCCCGCACGAGAGAUGUGCCUGAACACGAUAGAGGAUGUCUACCAGACUUACGAGGAAUCCCAACCUGCCGCUAGGAAGGUCCUUACCAAGUGGCGCCCAGAAAGUGCAGUACUAGCAAAUGCAAAUGGCGCCGAGGAGUCAUCGGCUGCACCCUCGCAGCCUGAGGCACAGGCUACCCCAGCUGCCCAAUAA